CGUUAAACCGGAACUGGUAGCUGAGAAUUAAUAUCACAUAUUUCUCACAUCUUCUUCUUCUACACCAACCAACCAUUUCACAGAAUCCGUCCGCCAUGAACACCGAUUCAGUUGUCGAGUUCCUUGGAAACGUCCCUUUACUCCAGAAAUUACCGAGCUCUUCUCUGAAGAAAAUUGCUCAAGUUGUUGUGCUGAAACGUUACGGGAAAGGGGAUUAUGUGGUUCGUGAAGAGCAAACUUGGGAUGGAUGUUAUUUUAUUUUGCAAGGAGAGGCUCAGGUUUCCGGACCAGACGAAGAAGAUAACCGCUCCGAAUUCCUCUUGAAACAGUAUGAUUACUUCGGCCUUGGUUUAUCUGGGAACGUUCAUUCUGCAGACAUUGUUGCUAUGUCCCAGCUUACAUGUUUGGUGUUGCCCCGUGAUCAUUGUCAUUUGCUUGAGACAAAUUCAAUCUGGCAAUCGGAUACGUCAGUUGACAAAUGCUCUUUAGUGGAACGCAUAUUGCAACUCGAUCCUUUAGAAUUGAAUAUCUUCAGGGGGAUCACACUACCUGAUGCUCCCAUAUUUGGAAAGGUUUUUGGAGGACAAUUUGUCGGACAGGCACUUGCUGCGGCAUCAAAAACUGUUGAUUUUCUGAAGAUAGUCCACAGUUUACACUCCUAUUUUCUUCUUGUUGGAGAUAUUGAUAUCCCCAUUAUUUAUCAAGUUCACCGCAUACGUGAUGGGAACAACUUUGCCACCCGAAGAGUAGAUGCAGUACAGAAAGGAAAUAUCAUAUUCAUCUUGUUGGCAUCAUUUCAGAAAGAACAACAAGGAUUUGAUCACCAGGAGUCAACCAUGCCCUCUGUACCAGAUCCUAAUACGCUUCUAUCACUGGAGGAGUUGCGUGAACGCCGUAUAACUGAUCCUCAUUUACCGAGGAGUUAUCGAAACAAAGUUGCAACUAGAAACUUUGUUCCAUGGCCUAUAGAGAUUCGAUUUUGUGAGCCCAGCAAUUCAACAAAUCAGACAAAGUCUCCUCCGAGAUUGAACUAUUGGUUUAGAGCAAAGGGAAGGCUUUCUGAUGACCAAGCUUUGCACCGAUGUGUCGUUGCAUUUGCCUCGGAUUUAAUAUUUUGUGGUGUCGGUUUGAACCCUCACCGCAGAAAAGGGCUGAGAUCCGCUGCACUUAGCCUGGACCAUGCGAUGUGGUUUCACCGACCUCUAAGAGCCGAUGACUGGUUGCUCUAUGUGAUUGUGAGUCCAAGUGCGCAUGAGACCCGUGGUUUUGUGACUGGUGAAAUGUUCAACAGAAAAGGAGAGCUGGUUGUAUCAUUAACGCAAGAGGCCCUAUUAAGAGAGGCUAGACCUCCAAAACCGUCCGUCACGUCGAAGCUCUGAAUGGCUGUCACCCUCUCCGUAAGUUAAUAAGAAGUUACAUUAUUACGAGUACAAGGCGACGAAUAAAAAAGAUCAAAAACCAAUCUGGUUGGUACUAAAUAAAAGAUUUUAGUAGACAAACUCAUUAUGUCAAUGAAUCACGCUGUAUGUACAUUGUUUGAUUCCGGCCUUGUCACCUCUAUCCAAAAAUUCUCUCUGUUAUUUUUUUUUCUAA